UGACAGUCGUUGAGAAUCCAAAGCAUAGCAAUGUUUCUUGUUCUCUCUUUGCAGUGAAUAUAGCCACUUCAUUGCAGGAGGAAACUCUUAUGGUGGCAAAUGACUACAUGGACUUUUGCAUUGGAAUAAAGAGGACACCUCCCAGCGAGUCCGCUAAAGCCAUGCGAUACCUGGCAAAGGACGUUGAGAGUAUUUAUGGGUUCAGACUGCGCCCACUUGUGCAGUUGUUCUUGGUCAGCAGUGGCUUUGAUACCUGGACCAAACUCAGGAAUAUGAUGCUGGAGGUUAUUGGAGGUGAAAUGAUGAGCUGGGGACAGAUUGUGUCUCUCUUCGCCUUCAUGGGAAUACUGGCAGUUCAACUGUCUACUGGGGAAGAAGAUGUCACCUGCAGUAGACGGCUAGCGGAGAUGAUGACAGAUGUUCUCAUUGGAGAAAAACAAGAAUGGAUGAUCCAAAAUGGAGGCUGGAUCAGGCAUCUGCUAAAAAGAACCCUACCAGGCUUGGUCCAGUCUUUCUUUGUGAUCAUCAGGAAACUGCCAGGAACAUCAAUUUUAUAGACGGGACAUGAAAUGUGCAUUAUAUGUCCUGGAUUGCAUUAUAUGUCCUGGAUUGUUACAGUGAAUAAAACUUGUAUAAUCCUAAAAAGUCUAAGACUGACUUGAUGCUUCAUUUCUGUGAAUGUUUCUAUAAAAGAAUAUGUCAUUCAUUAGAUUCUCAGAUGUUUUUUUCUUUAUUAAUACUUUUGAAAAUUACAAAUCCUGAAAAAUGGACUGUCCCCAGCCAAAUUGGGCUGCAUUCUUCAUAGUUGUCAUGACCUGCUCGUACGAUCCUCGUGUGUGCCGAUUGUGAUCACCUGUGUCCUGUUAUUUUGGCUAGUCUUGUGUAUAUCAGUCCACGUCUUCCUCUGCUUCCCAGAUCUGUCAUUGACAUUUGUACCAUGUGGUUAGUGUUGCUUGUGCUUUUCCCGAUUAAAACCCAGUCUUUCUGGA